UGUUCUCCAAAAUGCAACUUAGCGAAGAUGAUGAACCAUAUGUUCAAAAUAAGGAGGCUCUUGAAGGGAAUCCUAGUGAAGACAUGUCUAAUAAAUUUGCGACCAGCAAGUUUGGGCAAAAAUUCAAGAUAGACACGAGCCCUCUUGAUGAAAAUUUCAGGGAUAUAAGCGAAUUUGAGGAUCCCAAAAGCACAGAAUUAAUUAAACCAUCUAAAACAAAGAGCCAAAGUGAAGAUAAUAUAGAGCAAAAACCGGAUAUGGAAGAUUAUCUAAGGAUGAAUAUUAGUCCUGAGAAAGAGUUUAAGUCAAAGAUGGUUGACAGAGACCCCUCUAUUGCUUCAAAUAUCUCCAAUACCUUUGGUUACAACCAAGACGAUUUUAAUCCUUUUGGCCAGAAAAAUAUGAAUCUUUCUAAACCGCAGGAAAUAAAUUUUGAUAAUUUGAAAAUGAACCCGAAUGCCUCUUAUGUUGGCCAUAUGAUGAGUAAAAUCAGUGAUAAUUCAAAACUUUUCAAUAAGCAAGUAAGUCUGACUCUGAACUUCAUAAACUACGAUAUGGUUUCUCCAAUGGAAUCGGACAAUACUAAUAUCUAUGACCUGAAUCAACUAAGCGGGAAUUUGAAUAUUUCAUUAACUAGGAAUAAAAGAAUUGAACUUGAAAUGAUUGAUGACACUCAUGUGCGAGUAAAAACUAGUUCUAAGAGCUCAUCACUAAACUCUGGCGAUAAGAAGGACGCUUCAAUCCCUAUGAAUAUUUCAAGGCUGAAUCAAGAACCUUCAUUUUCAUUGAUCCCAGUUUCUUAUCCUUCAUUCCCGAAUGAGAUGAUGAAUAGUAAUAAAUUCAGCCAAUUUGUGAACAAUCUUAAAUCGGGCGACCAGGGGUGUUCUUCCAGUAAUCUGGAAAGCCCCUUAUUGCCUAAAAAGCUCUCUGAGAACCAGUAGAAGCUUUUCAUAAUUUUAGGACUUCAGACACGCCUAUGAUUCUAAAGGUGUGCAUUUAUUAGACCUUAGGAUGAGGAAGAAAAAAUCAUAAUUUGGAGAGAU